AUGUUCGUCCGACUGCGUGGUGUGGUGUACCUGUUGGUACUUCUGCAUUGUUGUGCGUGUGUGGUGCGUGCGACUGGUGGUGGUGGAGCGGUGGCGGUCGCAAGCAAUGAUGGGACGGUUGAUGUGCGGAGUCCACACGACGAGGUCUUGUUGGCGGAGAAUAGGACAGCGGAGUGGUUGAAUAAGGCGGAUGACUUGUACGUGGAGGGAGACGGAUGUCGUUUUCUCUGGGAAGAAGAACUGAAAUUGUGCAAAGAACUUGUCGAUAGUACCGAACGAAAAACGAAGGAAGUCAGUGAUUACGUCACGAAGACGAAAGGGAAAGGCAGUUCGACGGCAUUAAAUGAAACGGUGAAAGGGAAAGUAAAAGAGUUGCUCCAGGGCGUGAAAGAGACGGUGCUCAAGACGACAUCAGCGGUCAAAGACGUUAGAAGGAUUAAAGACAUUUGUACAAAUACGCUCGGUAGCAUGGAAAACGCGCUGACGACGUUCAACACGACGAGGGAGUUUUUUAUGGUGGAGAGACAUAAGGAAACAAAUCAAACUUACUGGACGCCGGAAAAAGUGAAACUUGCAGAAGACAGUAAUAGGACGUUCUUCAGGUUGUCAGGAGUAUGGGAGAAGCUGGGUGCGGUGGUUGGAAAGAACAAGGUGUUGCUUUUGUGGGAUGUUGAUCGUCGUAUGAAACCCGCGAGAAAGAAGACGGAGGGGCUGAAGACGGUUUUCGAGCGUGAGGAUGGCGUUGACAAGGAAAUUAAAACCAUAAUCGAUGAAGUCGGAAAAACAAUUGACGAGGCUGUUGGUAUAAGGACACAGAAAGUCAUGGUAAGGAAAGAUGAAUCUACUGUUGAUAGCAAAAUAGAGAAUGCAAAAAAAGAAGCAAGACAACGGAUGGAAGAAGCAAUAAGGGAGGAAGAAAGAAAGCUGGCGGAGGAUGAACAGGCAAGAAAGGAUGAGGCAGCGAGACAGGAAAGAGAAAAGCGAGAGAAACGGGAAGAAGAAAAGAGACUGGCCAUGGAACAGGAGAAAAUGGCUCGACAAGAACAGGCGAAUGACAAAAAAGCGGAAGAGACGGAAAAGAAAAAGGCUAAAGAAGAGGCUGAUAAAAGAAAAGCUGAUGAGAAAAUAGCCCAAGAAGAAAAGGCCAAACAAGAUCGGGAGAGAAAGGAUGCAGAAGAAAAGGCUAGAGAAGCA